CGAAAUAGUCAACCAUGUCACAUAUUCAAAGUAUGGCUAUUCUGGGCGUUCGCUCUUUUAGUCCAGAAGAACCCAGUUAUAUCAAGUUCUUUUCACCAUUGACAUUGAUUGUGGGUGCUAAUGGGUCUGACUAUUAUUGAAAGUAUGCGAUAUGCUUGUACAGGCGACUUUCCACCCAACAGUAAAGGAGGUGCGUUUGUGAAUGAUCCCAAGGUUGCUGGUUCCAAUGAAGUCAAGGCACAGAUCCGUCUCAAGUUUUAUAACAUCAAUGGUCAAAAGAUGGUCUGCAGUCGUUCCUUGUCUGUCACUCAAAAAAAGGCAACCAUUACUCAGAAGUCAAUCGACAAUGCCUUGUUAAGAUAUGAUCCUGUUUCUGGCGAGGCUUUUAGUAUCUCCAGUCGAUGUGCAGAUAUGGAUGCCGAGUUACCACUUCAUUUAGGUGUUCCCAAAGCCAUUCUUGAUAAUGUCAUCUUUUGUCAUCAAGAAGAUAGUAAUUGGCCAUUAUCCGAAUCCAGUGUGCUUAAAAAGAAAUUUGACGAUAUUUUCUCUUCUAAAAGAUACCAAGUAGCUAUUGAGAACAUUAAGGAAAUCAGAAAAGAAGCAGUGCAAGAAAUCAAGUUGGGCAAUGUCAGAUUAGAAGCCUUAAAAGCAGACACAGUCAAGGCAAAGCGAGUCAGAGAACUAUUAACACAACUUAACCAGCAAUUGAGUGCCAAGACAGAAACAUUGGAGACCAUUGAAAGUAAGAUUCAGCAUGUAGGACAGCAAGCAGAGCAAUUCAAUAGUGUAUUGCGUGAGAUCAAUAUUCUAGAAGACAAUAUACAGCAAUAUGUGAAUAAAAAAGACUUUUAUCAGAGCACAAUGCGAUCCAUUGAAUCGCAUAUUGUACCACGACAAGAAUCAACAGAAGAAUUGAAUAGACUGUUGUAUCAACAUCGCAUGAAAGAAGAUCAGAACCAAGAAGACAAAGCAUUUAUUGCUAUUGAAAAGACAAAACAUGAACGAAAACUCAAGCGAAUUCAGGAUGAAUUGUCUCAAAAGCAUUUGAUUAUGGGUCGACUAGAGGCAGCAAGAGAAGAGCAUCAACGCCAAAUUCAAUUACGCACUGAGUUGAUUCAAAAGUUUAGUGCAACUCAGGGGAUUCAUUUACCAGAGGAUGGUGAUCAGGCAGCAGCUAAAAUCAGGGAUUUACUGACACAAACAGCAACCAAGAAUGAAAAAGCAAAAAAUGAAGCUAUGGCAAUGCAAAAUACAUUGUCUGAUGAACUACAAGUAUUAAAGAGUCAAUUGAUGUCUAUUCAAGAAACCAAAAAAUAUCUACUGAAGAAUAUCGUAAGCCAACAAGAAAACAUACUGAUUUCUUACUGUGUAUAUGUUAGGAACAAGACAAGGCACAGAUUGAGAAUAUCAAGACAAAAAUUAGAAAUGUGCAUGUCUCUUCACUCGAGAUCGAUUCAACAACCACUAAAAUUAAAGAAUAUCAAACAAAACUAGACGAAAUUCAAUCAAAUCCAGGUGUGGCUACAGAAGAGGACUUGGUUAAAAAGGAGCGAGAACUCAAGCAGUAUGAUGAUAAGAUUUCAGAAUUAAAUGAUGAACUCGCCAGUCUGAGUAAGCAAAGUGAUGCUCGAGCUAAACUUUCUUUGAAACG